UUGAACGUUCAUUUUCGUUCAUAUUCAAUAUUUAGAAAUUAUUAAGGUUGAGGCACCAUGUCGUCAGAAAACAAAGGUGGGGCUGGAGGUGGAGGAGGCGAUCAAAAGGAGCGGAAGAGAAAGGAGUCGAUCGUUGACUUGGCGAAAUAUUUGGAGAAGAACGUGCGAGUCAAGUUCGCCGGGGGGAGAGAAGCCGCCGGAGUGCUGAAGGGUUUCGACCCCCUACUCAACCUCGUGCUAGACGACACCGUGGAAUUCCUUAGGGAUCCGGACGACCCCAUGAAAUUAACCGAGGACAGGAGAUCUUUAGGGUUGGUCGUGUGCCGUGGGACUUCUGUCGUCCUAAUAUGUCCUUCCGAAGGGAUGGAACAAAUAACAAAUCCCUUUGUACAAGAAAACGCUUAA